ACCUGGGGCCUGGAGAGGUGAAAUGGUGAGUUAUCCAAGGCAAACAGCUAAUUAAGUAGCAGAGCUGGGAUUAGAACUCAGGUUUCCUGCAUCCCAAAUUUCUGAUCAGGGUUGUUAAAAUGAGUCUGCGGAAGCAAACACCCAGUGACUUCCUGAAGCAAAUCAUCGGACGACCAGUUGUGGUAAAAUUAAAUUCUGGAGUGGAUUACCGAGGGGUCCUGGCGUGCCUGGAUGGCUACAUGAAUAUAGCCUUGGAGCAGACAGAGGAGUAUGUAAAUGGACAGCUGAAGAAUAAGUACGGGGAUGCAUUUAUCCGAGGAAACAAUGUGUUGUACAUAAGUACACAGAAGAGGAGGAUGUGAAGAUACCAAGAGUACCAUGCGUUUCAUACUUGGAUGUUUUUUAUUAAGUUUUUUAGUUCUUCUGUCAUAUAAUUUGUCCUAUUUUGUUAUAGUCGUUGAUUUUUCGCUGACACGUGAGGAGUGAGAUAAAUGUAUAAAAUUGUGGAUUUAAUUGUAAAGAGUUCUUCCAUAUUUAAGCUGUAGUCGUUUUCUGUUACCUGUAUGUCAGUGAGCAGAAAGCAAAAAGAAUUUGUAGAAAAGAGAAAAUCUUUUUUUCCCUACAUGAUUUGUAACUGAAGUUUCAAACAAUGCCGUUUGAUUUGACUGCUUUACUUGCCAAACUGAAAUGAUGGACGUGAGAAUGAUUAAAACACUGUGGAUAUA